GCGGGAGGAGCUUGUCGCAAGCGUCCACUUCUUGGGGGGUGCCUGGAUUUUUGUAAACGACGGAGCCCUCUGUGGCGUUUUCAGCUGUCCUGUUUGAUUGAGCCGAACUGAGUUCAGAUCCAAUGACUGAUACAGAGUUUUUGGUUGGCAAGAAGGUAAAAUGUCUUUAUACGAUGAUUUGGGGGUCGCGACAAGCGACACUAAAACAGAAGGAUGGUCUAAAAACUUCAAACUGCUUCAGUCUCAGUUGAAAGUGAAGAAAGCUGCACUGACACAAGCAAAGACCCAGAGGAUGAGACAGUCCAAUGUUCUCGCUCCGGUUAUCGAUCUGAAGAGGGGAAGUGCUGUAGAUGACAGACAGAUCUCUGAUACGCCUCCACACAUCGCUGCAGGGAUGAAGGACUCGGCGUCAGCUGGGUUUUCAUCCGGUGAUGUGCUGAUCCCAUUGGCUGAUGAGUAUGACCCCAUGUUUCCCAACGACUAUGAGAAAGUGGUAAAGAGACAUAGAGAAGAACGACAAAGACAGAGAGAACAGGAGCGACAGAAAGAAAUUGAGGAGCGAGAGAAGAAACGUAAAGAGAGGCACGAAGGAGGUGCAGCGCCAAGCGGAUUUUCACGUUUCCCAACAGAAGGUGAAUCGGACGAGGAGGAGGACUAUGAGAGAGAAAAGAGGAAGAGGAGUUUGGGAGGAGCCGCCAUCGCCCCGCCGACAUCACUAGUGGAGCGAGACUCGACGUAUUCGUAUGAUGAAGAGGGUCGGCAGAGGUCGAAAGCAGCAAUCCCACCCCCUAUUUUUGAUGACUCCGAUAGACCGCGGUCUCCCCCGGGACCAACGAACUCAUUCCUGGCCAACAUGGGCGGUACUGUGGCUCAUAAAAUCAUGCAGAAGUACGGAUUCAGAGAUGGACAGGGACUGGGGAAGCACGAGCAGGGGUUGAGCACGGCCCUUUCGGUGGAGAAAACCAGCAAGCGCGGGGGCAAGAUCAUUAUUGGAGACUCGACGGAAAAGACAUCAGGAUCCAGUCAGAAUGUGGCUGAUCCACAUGGCUCUAAUUCAGCGGACGCCUCGAAGAAAAACGAGACCAACCCUCUUACAGAGAUUCUCAAAUGUCCCACGAAAGUGGUGCUGCUGCGGAACAUGGUUGGCCGUGGAGAAGUGGAUGAAGACCUGGAAGCAGAGACUAAAGAAGAGUGUGAGAAGUACGGCAAAGUCGUCAAGUGCGUCAUCUUCGAGAUCUCUGGAGUUUCCGACGACGAAGCCGUCCGCAUUUUCCUGGAGUUCGAACGAGUCGAAUCGGCCAUUAAAGCCGUGGUGGAUCUAAAUGGGCGCUACUUUGGAGGUCGCGUGGUGAAGGCCUGUUUUUAUAACUUGGACAAGUUUCGUGUCUUAGACCUGGGAGAUCAGGUGUGAGUGGGAGAACCAGACCCGCGCAACCAGGAGAGAAUAAACACCAGGGGGAAGUAAUCGGUCUUUCUGUAAAUAGCAUGAGUAAUUUUAUACACCCUUGUAAAACAUUAGUUUAUGUGCCCCUUUUCCGCAAUACGUUUUGUAACGAAAAUUUAAUUUGCUCUUUUGUGAAUUGCUUCUAGUCUCUCUCACACCUCACGGUUAAAAUAUCCUUUUGUCCUUGUGAUUUAAGAUGUGACGAAGAUCCCAGAAAUAAAAAAACGCUUUUGGGAGAAUAA